AUGUCCAGUUUUGAUACCUUUCUUGAAAGACAUCUAACAUCAAAGCACCUUGCCGCGCCCCUGUGCAGCAAGGCAGCCAAAUUUUCCAAUUCUGUAGAUGACAAGACAGAAGUUAUUUCUAGGAAGUCUUCUGCCUUAUUGGAGUCUUUUAGCAUGGUGACAUGCUCCUUUGAGAUCCUUGCUGGAGAAAGCAUUUCUGAAUUUGUGGAAAAAUCUUGUCCACUGCCAACACCCGAGGGAGACAAAGCAGUAUUCUCAGCUAAAGUUAAAAGUAAACCAGAGUCUAAUGCAACAUGGAAAAGACGGAGUAGGUACCAACAGAAGAAGGAUCCAGAAUGUUUUUAUGAUUCAGAUAACUACAAGUGUGUAGUGUCCAAUACCCACACUGAUGCCAUCUGCACAUGUAUCCUUGAUCUACCUGUAUCCUUGAUCAUGACUAAAGAACUGAAACCACUGAACGUGACUGAAAGACAGACUGCAGUGUUUGAAAUCUGCCUGCCAAAAGUGCAAAACUUCACCUGGAAGUUCAAUGGGAAAGAGUUGGAGUGGAAUGAUAAGGGUUCCAAUCAGUUCAUCAGCAAUCUCAAGAACACCCAAGUGAAAAAGAAGGAAAAAGCCUGCCUGGAGUGUGUGCCGACUUCUGAAGAUGUCACCCUGAAGGGGAUGUAGAAUGGAUGAGUGAUUGAGAGGUCUCCUCGGUACAUCAUGAAGCAUGAAGGGAAGAGAGCAAAGCUUAUCAUUAAUGCUGCUGAGCUGAGUGACUCGGGAGACUGCACAGCAAUCGUACUAUGCAAGACUGACCCUAAUGAACAGUACAGCAGUGCCAGUGUAACUGUGGAAGAGUAUGCGUGUGAUGCUCAUGCUCUAAUUGGGGAUCCUUCCGAGCUCUGUGUUGUCCUGAAUGAUGCAAUGGUGGAAGGGAUAUGGCUCAACAACGGCAAAUAGAUUACAGACAUGAAAAGGAUCUGGAUAGUGAAGCAGGGAGCCAUCCACAAACCUAUCACUGACAGAACGGGAGAGGAGCACGAAGGGAGGCACACAUUCAGAGCCAAGGGGGCAGAGAGUGAAGCAACAGUUGCCGUUGGAGGUAGCCACCCCAUCUCCUUACUGCUCUUUACCAGGCAUGCACAAACACGUGCAGAAUCAGUGCUUCAGCAGGACUCCUUACCUGGGCCUGUGUCAUUUUAUAGGCUUAUCUGUCUGCGUGAGCAAAACCUCUUCUUCCUGCUGCUUUGUUCUCCAAGAGAAGAAAAUGUAAAGCAAAAGCAUACAGCAAGCAUCAAGGUGCCUUUCAAGGCAAAGGCAAUGCCCAAAGUCACAUGGUUCAAAGAUGGUAUUGAGGUGACAGAGGAAGAGAAAGUGGUGAUGGAGAAAAGCCAUGACUGCGUUGCAGUCAAAACCUGUGUGAGAGAAGACAGUGGAGCCAUUAUGCUGAAUCUGAAAAAUGACUGUGGCUCAGCUUCUGACAAUCCUUACCUCAACUUUGUUGAUAGAUGGAAGGCACCCAAAGGCAGUGGAGGAAAACAGGUGAUUCACUUCAUCAUCAAGAGGAGGAUGGCUGGAAAAAAAUCGUGGAUCAAAGUAUGCGUGGUGGAGAGCAACUACACCACAUUUGCUACAGAGAAGGUAGAGGAAGGGAAAGCCUACUAAUUCAGAAUACGUGCCAUCAACUCCAAGGGCCUCAUCAAGCCCCUGGAAACAGAAGAAAUGUUUGCUGGAGAACCUAUUAGCCAGCCGGGAUUUGUGUCUCAGCCUCAGGCUGUAGGUGUCAGGCAAGAAGAUGUCACCAUCACCUGGAACUUCCCAGCCCAGGACAGAGGCUCCCCAGUGCAAGGUUAUGUCAUAGAAAAAAGGAAGAAAGGCAGUGAUCUUUGUGUCCUAAUCACCAAGGAGCCAGUUCAAGGUACCAGAUUCAAAGUGGAUGGUUUUCUGGAGGAUACAGAUGAGUUCUGUGUGAUAGCUGUGAACCAUUAAGGCCCUGGAUUUCUUAGCAUGCCCUCAACCUCUGUUGCAAAGGAUCCCAUCAAGCCUCCAGGACUGCUGAAGGUGGUGGAUUUUUCCAACUCCAGCAUUUCCUUAGCCUGGUAGGAGCCAGACCAGGGAGAUGUGCUGUCAGGAUAGAUACUAGAGAUGUGAGCUGAGGACACCAAGAAAUGGACAAAAUGCACCAAGAUCCUAUCUCUAGUACCACUUACGCUGUGGGAAGCUUGCAGGACAGACAAAUACUACUUCUGAACCUGAGCUGUGAAUGAAGCUGGUGUGGGAGACGCAUCAGAGUUACAGGAAAGAAUUCUAGCAAUGCCACCUUCAGAACUACACAACCAGUCCAUGCAGCACAGCUUUGUUAACACAAAUUCCAGAGAGACUGCAGGCUCCAGACAAACUUCUCUGGUGUGGAAUGGCAACAUGCAGUACUGUACUGAAGAGUACGAGAAGUCCUAUAAGAAACAGAUAUACAAAAUCAUUUGUGCAGAACGUGGACAGUUUGAUCUGACUGUGAGUCUGAAGAGCCACAUGGUGGUUUGUGCUGGGACAGCACCAUGCAUUCAUACGUCUUUCCCUGUGAGAUACUGCAAGCCAGCUCUAUGCCCUGGCUGCAAUGACACUGAGGACACUGACCCUCUGGAUUCACAGGAGCAGUGGUACAUCUCCAAAGACAGAGGUCACGAAACGUUGUACCCAAGCUCCUUGGAUUUGUACUCAUGCAGGAGAAGACUCUCUGUCUUGCUGGCACUGGCUCUGUGUUUGCCUGUUUGUGUGUGUAACAGACAGUGUAGUGUGAAGCACCCCGUAGUGAAUCUGUCCUCAGCAGAGUGUUUUGACUUCAAGAUGGAGUAUCCCAGGAAGGACUGUGCUUCCUGUUUCAUUGCCCCACUGAAGAACCACAGCAUGAGUCAUGGCAACUGCUGUUGCUGUGCUUUCGUCAGCAACCCCCACCCAACAGUGACCCUAUACAAGGGCAAUAUUAGUAUCACAUCCAAGUCUAAGUUGUGGUUCAACUCAGCAAGUAGCAUCUGUCUUAUGAUCCCUACAACUUGCAGCUGCAAGCUGAUCAUCUGUGGUAAGCUAGAUUUGCAGCCACUUCUCAAAGUUGGUUGCAGUAAUUAUGGCACUUUUUAUCUUUUUUUUUUUCUUAAAAAAAAAAAAGAUUAUAAAAGUCUCCUGGAUACAGAGACAGAAAGUUUGCAGAAGUCAAAACACAAGAUGUAAUUAGUGGAACUAGCUCUGCCUGGUCUAGCAUGCAGAACAGCAUUGCUGUGGCUGUGUAGUUUGUUUGUGUGGCUCAAAAUGCAACUGCCCUUGGCUUCUGUAAUGGUGGGUUAAAUCAAGUGGUAA